AUGGCUGCACCCCCCCAGCACGACUGCAAUCCCAAUCCAGGAUUCGGACGUAUUCCUCUAGGCGACAUUCCCCGAACGGUCAUGGGCGUCUUCCGACUCGCUUUCCAUGUUGCCUCCUUCUUCAUCUGCCGGCCUUUCUCUAGAAGCGUCCGGCCAUGGCGCGAUGAUCUCGAGCGAUCUAUAGUGCGCAAAGUCUUCCUUUGCCUACCCUUGUCCAUUCUCCGGCGCCCGUCAACCAUUGAUCAUUUCUCUAAAUCGAAGCGCUACGGCAGCAUCGUGGAGAACCUGAACGAACGAGUCGAGCGACCCGACUUCGCCGGAAACUGGCUCUGCAAGCCGCGUUUCGACGGCAAAGCGCCCCCCAGCGAGGCCGAUGUCGUGAUCCUAUAUAUCCACGGAGGCGGCUACGUCAUGUCGCAGCCUAACCAGUUCGCCGCAAUGCUGCUGCGAGUUGCGGAGACCGUCGCAGACACGGGGAAGACGGUGGCUAUCUUCGUGCUCGACUACUCCCUGGCGCCCGAGUCCGUGUUUCCCCGCCAGCUUGGGCAGGCGUCGGCGUGCUGGGAAUACCUGACAACGGAGCAGAACAUCCCCGGAUCCAACAUUGCCUUGAUGGGCGACUCCGCGGGCGGCUCCAUCUGCCUCUCCCUCCUGACCCAUUUGGCAUAUCCUCUGCCGUCUGUCAAGUCGCCGACAAUCCGAUCAGCCCCGGGGAGGGGCGCCUUUCUCCUCAGCCCUUGGGUCAGUCUCUUCGACCAGGGCGGAUACUCGGACAAGGCAGACUCCGACCUCCUGGUCGGUUCCGUAUUGCGCCGCUGGGCGACGAUGGCGGUCGCCGGCGCCAAGCGGGCGGACGUCGAGAACUACCUGGAAUUCACGACGGCGGGGAGCACACGGCCGGGCCUGGGACAGAUCUUGCCAGAGAUCACCUACGUGUUUGCUGGUGGAGACGAGCUGUUCCUGGAGAACAUCUCGCGGUUUGUAGAGGCGGCGAAGGCGGCUGGCGCCAAUGUUAUGUACAAUGUGAAGGCCGGGGCAUGCCAUGACUGGCAGGUCUCGGAGUCGGUGAAGAACGAGAAGAAGUACCUGGCCCUUCCUUUUGGAACGCCUGAUGCUGGUUUACUAUCGGGAGCUGAUGCUAUCGGGAAGAAGCUCAGUUCUCUUGUUACAGGGAUGACUUGA